CAGCUGUUCUUUUCCAGUUGUCAAAACCGAAGUCCUUCCCCUAAAACACCCCGAAACUCAUGAAAAAUCACCAUGGACAUCAAAGAGAAGUUCAAGUCGUUCAUGGAUAAACAGAAGAUCAGCCUGAAGGCACCAUCAUCGCAAGCACAGUUAGGAGAGAGCGUAAAAUCCGAUGACUUCGAAGGAAGAAUGGCUGUGACGGGGGAUUUAUGUAGGAAGUCCAGCCUCUUGAAUGAUCACAUACUGACACCUGAAGCAGAGAAAGCCGUGAUAGACAGCAUCGAGAGCCUUUAUUUCGAGAGCGGGGACGUCGACGUAGGUGAACACGAACUCAAGAAAUUCCCACAGGACGUAGACAUUCAUGUGAUCAACGGGAUGAGGUCUAGACUAAGGAAGCAGCACGCCAUAGUGUCUCGAAGGGUGUCUGAUCUCAUUAUGCAGAAGCAAGGGCUGUGCAGCGAGGAGAUGGAGAAGGUCGUGGAGCUGCAGAAGGAGAUUUACAAGGAGAUUGGCCUGUGCGUUGAAGGCCGGAGGAAGCUGGCCCAGGGGAGGAGUCAGUUCACAUCAGCUAGUCUUGGGAUUUUAGCCAACUACAGUAAGCGGCAGAAGAUUGCCAGUGUUAUCCGGUCGCUUAGGACAGUCAGGACGUUACAGAUGACAGAUGUCCAAUUACAGAAUCUGUUAAAAGCAGAAGAUUACCCUGGGGCCAUUCAAUUACUGCUUGAGUGCCAGAAAGCUGCAGCGACUUUUAAGCAUUUUACUUGUAUCUCUGAACUCAGUACCAAGUUACAGGAUACUCUUGAGGGUGCAGAGGAGCAGCUAGAUGUUGCCUUAGCUAAAGUUGCUGCUAAUUUCAAUGCUGCUAAUUAUGAGAAAUUGCAGAUUGCAUAUGGUCUCUUGGGGAAAACACAGACGCUCAUGGACCAGUUACACAUGCACCUUACAUCUCAUAUCCACAAUUCAGCCUUCACGAUUGUUCUUGGCUAUGUAGAGUUGUAUAAUAGUGUUAAUGGUGGAAAUGGUAGUAUCUCCGGCUCAUCAUUCUCAAAGAUGCAAUAUUCGGAACUAUGCAAAUAUGUAAAUGAGGAAAGCUUCCUCCCAUGUCUCAUGGAUCUAAGCAAAUCCAUGUGGAACGUCCUAAAGAGUUACCGCAGCAUUAUCUUGUGGCAUGAGGAAAAUGAGAAGGCCUCCCAGGAGGAAGUGAAUAAUGAAAGUCAAGAUGCUGAGGAAGCUGCAACAUCCAGACGCUACACAAAGCAAAAACUAGAGCAUGGACUGUACAGAAUAUGGCAAGAUGUGCAGGCGAAAGUCCGGACCUUUAUCCUGGCAUCAGACCUCUGUCACUUCAAAUUUGAUGAUUUCCUGAGAAUUUUGGAUGUCAUCAACAAGCUCAUUGAUGUUGGUGAGUGCUUCUGUGGCAGCAAAUCAGAAACGCUCAGAGAAUCAAUUAAGAAGCAAUCAAUCAACUACUUCCGCACACACCACAGAGCAAGAAUGGAGGAAUUACACAUGUUUUUGGAGAAUGAAGGGUGGGAGGCAUGUCCGGUGAAGUCAACGUUCUCAAUAUAUCAGCUGAUGGAGUUUAGGUUCCUUAAGGGAAGGGACCUAAGCUUCACAAGAAUGUCUACUCCAAGUUCUUCACCGGUUAAAAAGUCAAGCAGCAGCUCAGACAAGAGGGACCUCUUUGACCUCUUCAACAGCGAUAGCUCACCAUUUGACAUCGCUACAGAAGAGACAGUCGAGGAGGACAUCAUGGCCAAUGGGGAAGCUGGGGAUUCUAUUCACAUAAGUGAUGAUGACAGUGAGGAUGAUGAGGAGUUGAUGAAGGAUUUCGUAGAUGAGCAGACAGGGGAAGCUCCGCAGCCCCAUACCAGGCGGAAAUUUGACCACAGCAAGGCACCCAUAGUCACAAAUACAACCCUUACAAUCCUACGGCUCAUUGGGAAAUACAUCCAGAUGAUGAGAUUGCUGCAGCCUAUAGCCUUUGAUGUCAUGGUGUGCCUCAGUCAUCUCUUCGACUAUUACCUGUAUACAGUCUUCAUGUUCUUUGGGGAAAGGGGAGAACUGGAACAGAAUCUCAGCAGACGACUUCGAACGUCUCUCAAAAGGAUCCAGGACACGUUGAUUCUCACUUCAGAGGUGCCUCAGGAGGAGCCCACUGAUCAGGACAAGGUGCCGAGUCCCUCCAUAUCCCCAGUAGUAGACACAACCUCAGCAGAAAGCAUAUAUGGGCUGCCAGUGCGGGUGGUGGCUGUGGAGAGCCUCGCGUUCCUGGCAGUGCAGCUGGAGGCCUUGCACUGCCACAUUGAACCUCUCAUUCCACAGCAGCGGAGAACAUUCUUGCAGCAGUUCUACACAGGCACUGUCAAGAUCACCCCUGAGAUUCGCCACCAUGUUUACACAGCUGUAGCCUCUCAAGUGAUAGACUACGAUGGUAUUUUGAACCGCAUGUCCAAUGUCAAGUGGGAUAUAAAUGACCUGAUGAGCCAGCACAGCCAGUAUGUCGAUGUCCUACUGAGACAACUUCAGGUUUUGAGCAUGAAGUUAGAGGAAGUUAGCAGAGUAUCCCCAAUACCAGCAGAGGCAUACAAUGCACUCUGGGAAUGUAUAGUACGCAUAACGAACCGCACUUUGUUGGAGGGUUUUGCUUCUGCUCGAAGGUGCACCAAUGAGGGACGAUCACUGAUGCAACUUGACUAUCAGCAAUUCCUCAUGAAACUUGAGUGCCUAACCAAGGUGCGCCCGCUACCCGAUAAGCACCUGGUGGAAACAUUCAUCAAGGCCUACUACCUGCCUGAAGGAGCGCUGGAGGAGUGGGUGCAACAGAAUGGCACCGACUACUCUCCCAGGCAGCUGAAUGCCCUUAUGUCCACCAUGACGCACGUGAACAAGCGCACCCGGCAGAAGAUCUCCAAUCUGGUCGAGGAGCAGUGUAGGAGGUGAUGUGACAGAUGGAGAGGGACGUAAGACCUUUCUCUCAACAGGGUAGUGUGGCUCGUGUAUUUCAAGGGCUGAAGGAUAAUCUUUGUCAGAGCUUAGAAAGUUUUCUUAAACUUUUUUUUUUGUUAUGUUUCCUUCUCUCCCAAAAGAAAUGAAAAAGAACAAAAAAAUCUUUUAGUUUCAUAUUUUAUUCCAUCUGUUUUUCAUCAUUCCAUCUUCAGUUUUCUUUAAAAGAAAUUGACUAGUAAUUGUUUCAUAAGUAUUUUUAUAAGCAUAUAAUUUUAUACAUCAUCACAAUGGUGCAUUCUAAAAUACGAUUUUCUUCAUUUUAUCUUUGCUACAUUUAUUAGCAAAUUCUCUCUGUUCUACUUGUACAUAAAGUCUGUUUCUAUAUAAGUUUUCAGUCUUUUCACUCAAUGAAAUUGCCCUUUAAAGAACAAAAUAUAAUUUUUAAGCAAUAUUAUCUCCUUGAUAUAUAUAUUUUUAAGGUAAUGAUCUUGAAUAAAUUGUUAUUGUUCAGAGAGUACUCUGGAGAUAUUGUAGAUGUUUUUGUUUUCUCUUUUUAUUUAUAUAGGAAGAUGGUAUUGAAGGAUAUAUGAACAUGUGCUUUAAGGUGUAAGAUAAUUUUGUUGUUUAACAUUUUGAUAAAGUUUUUGCUUUUGUUUUUUAGUUCAUGUCAGUUUUUUCCCUAAUGAGUUUUGCAUUUAUCUUAGCCAUUAUUAGAGUAGAGUCAAUAUAUAAAAGUAUAUAUAAAGGAUGAUUUUUACCUUUAUGUUAAAUUUUAUUUAUUUAUCCUGUUCUUGUUCAAACCGUUCCGUUUUGUUUCUUCUUUUUAUUAUUAUCCAUUACAUGGUGAAUGAAAUGAUUUUGACGUGUAGAUUUGCUGUGGUUGAAAGGUUCCUCAUAAAAUUUGUUGAUUGUUGGUUGAGCAUACAUAUUCUUCAUCUGUUUUUGUGUUUGAAUGUUUGUGUUGAGAAGCAUUGCAAUUAUCACAGAUGUAGUAUUCAGUCGUAAAGCAUUUCUGAAUUGAUGAAGAGAGCUGAGCAUAUGAGUCUUAAGACUUUUACCAGUAUGAUUUAUACAUGUAUAAUAUAAAAACGCAUAAGAUUUUGAAUGGUGUGUGGCUGAACAUAGUAAUUUAAAUGUACUUAAAUCAAUGAUUAUGAUAGUGCUGUUUCAGAGCAGCUAAGCCAACAAUAACUAGAAAUAGCAUUGCAUGAGAUUCUGACUGACAGAAAACAAGCAUUUUAGGAUGUCUUGUGAAAGAGCUUUAAUUCCUGUAAAUUUCUAGUGUUACUUUAUGUAAGACUUUUCUUUAUCACUUCACUUUUUUAUCAGGGCUCUUAUGUUUGUAAGUGUUGGUGGUGUUUUAAUUUCAUUUGUUUGUUUUUCUUCAUUGAAUUUAAAUCUCAUUAUUGAUGCCAAAGAAACCACUUUCAAUGGUUUACAGUGUUGAAUUGUAGUGCAUUCUUUCCAUGUGAUAAUCAAAUCAUUUUUAAGAUUAUAAGGACAGCUGUGUCAUCUAUUUUUUCUUUCUGCCAUUUUCCUUUCUUUCUUUCUUUUUUUUCUCUGUAUGUUAUAUGUGUCUGUGUUUACAACUUGAUUAUGCAUGUCUUAUUCACCAAACAUUGAGGUUGUUUAAGUUAAGAGAGGAAUAUGUCUUCCUUCUGUGUAGUGUGAACCUCGUAUUGCAAUAUGAACUAUAAAUAUCACUAUUAUGUUAGGUCCUUUUUAUUUUAUUUUAUUCAUUUAUUAUUAUUAUUUUAUUUUAUAUAUUUUUUUAUUUUUUAUUUUUUUCUUUUUUACUUUCGACUUUUUAUUUCUGUUGUUUUAGGUGCUUUACAUGAUUAACUUGUGUGCAGAAAGAGACGUAUGCAUGAGCACAUGCAUGUGAUUUCAUGUAAGAUAACACAUUUCCUCACAUGCCUUCUUUUACGUGUAUUACCAGUACUCUCUACACUACUAACACAGAGGCAUCUCAGCAUCUGCAUACAAGCACCCCUGCCUCCCAAUACAUACAGGGUUUCGUAACACACUCCUUCUCACUUUCACACAGCACAUGAACAGACACUUGUACAAACACAUUAAGCUCCACAUAAAUACAAAACAGACACGACUGCACAAACAAAGCCACAUAUCCAAUGAUGGAUUAAAUGAGUAACAAAAUCAGUUGGAUGCUAUAUAAAGUGAAUUAAUAUCACUGUCACCAACUGUGGGAUAAUUCAUAACAUGUUUUAUGGACAAGAUUAGUCUUGAGAAAUAGAUAUAUUGAAAAAUUGUG